GCGGUUUGCUGCCCUGAAGCCUGACAGCGAUCAAGAACGUGUGGUCGGGAAGUAUCAGCACCACGCUCCUCAUGAAUCGCCAGAGACCUCGCCUGAAGAAUGGGGUUGACCUCCAGCUUCAGUCGGCCUUUCAUGACGGCAACUGGCCUGUCGUGAUCCGCCUUGCCGAGAAGCGAGCCAAGAUCUCCAAUGAUCAGUACUAUGAGUUUCUCCAGGUCUGUGCCGAGAGCCAGCUUGAUGAUCCCAACGCCAAAUUCGCUGCGGUUGCUGCUGUCUGGAAGCAUGUCAAGGACGGCAGCACUAUCAAGGAUGUAGAGGCAAUUGAGCUGAUGGAGUGGGCCACCACAAACUUGAUCGAUGCAGAUGAUUUUUCCGAGACUCUGGGGCCGUUGAGAGUGCGCGCCGUCAAGGCUGCCCCGAAAGACAAGUUUGCCGCCACACGCUGUCUGGAAUCGUGCUUGCUUCACUGGGAUUUGGCCAGCGCCCAACAGAUUGCGGCCAUCAUCGAUCGCUCGUUCCCGCAGGAAAGGGAUUGGCUAUUCUGGAAUAUAGUCAUCACACAUCUUCUUUCUAAAAGUCCAUUGAUCUCGCCCGACAAAAGGAAGCUCUACGGUACCUUAGCUCAAAAGCAGAUCGAGAGAGCUGCUCAAGCCACAGAACAGGCUGAAGCAGACUCAAAUGAGGCAUCUACAAAGGCCCCUUCUAGGCGUGUGAAGACGGAAGAAGAAGUCCUUUUGCUCUAUGACAUUGUUGAGACACACGGCACUCCUGAAGACUUUCGCAAACUUAUUUCUAGCCCUAUUUUCUCUCCUGUUGCGCAGUUUCGCCAAGGUCGAAAAGAGGUGGUGAUGCGCUCCAUUGCCAAAUUUAGUCGAGAUGGUGACUGGCCGACUGUAUUCAACCUUUGCAACGACUGUCUUUCCGACUGCGAUGCCGACGGACAAUCGACUCUACUUGCAUCAGAUAUUGCCAUGUGGCGGCAUCUGAUUACUGCGGCCAGCCAUAUGAAGGACACACAUCCAGACUCUGCAAACGUUAUCCAAAAACUGCUUUCAAAACUUCUGUCGUCUAGCCACAUGAGACCUAUGUACAGACGAAAUAUCUUACUAGCAAGAGUUUUGGCAGUAUUCAGCCUUGGUCCAAGUGACGAACCCGAUUUAGCAGAUGCCCAGCCUUCUUCAUUACGACUUCAAGAGCUGAUCCACUACAUUGAUGAUCAGCAUACUAGCCCAGCAUGCUUUAGUGACGUGAAGACUCUGAUGGAAAGCCUUGAUGCUGCCGGAUUGAAGUAUCUAGCAUACGAUCAUUUGCCUAAGUUGGCAGGAGGUGACUCAAGCGACUUCAGGGCGGCCACCACGCGAUUGCUGGCUCUUAAGGCACAGUAUCUAUUAUUAACGCACCGAAAGACCAAGUCUCGGGACCAAAAUCAACAGCUCAACUGCACGGUUUGUGAAUCUACAGUGGAGGCAGCGUUGUGUCAUACUUGCCUGUCUCAACUAUCACAAGCAGGUGUAACCUUUUACACUUCGGUCAUAAAGUCUGAGGGUGACAAAACCAAGAUCAACGCCGAGAUCAUGCCAGAACUUGCAAUAUUGAUUGCAUUUUGCGGCCUAAACUUGGCUUUCAGUGAGCACCAAGCUGGGCAGCUUCUAAAACCACAGGCAACGCGCCAACUCAUUCGUGCCCUCCUCUUACUCGACGACCAUCUCGCCCAGAACUCAGGCCAUAGUCAGCUAUCUCUUGUUCUAACACAGCUACACAUACGCCUUGGUUCAGGCUCUAGGGCCAGCGAUAUCUGGGACGUCAUCGGCGUCAAGCGCACCAUAAUCGACUCUCUCGGCCCCAUCUUCUACGAUCGCCUAUCGACAAUUUCCCCUGCUUUAUUGUCAACUUACGACAGCUGGGGCAGCCAUCUGAUGGAUCUUUUGCAGUCGCACUACGUAAAUUCCUUGAAGCUAAAGAUGCAUCAGCGCUUGAUAGACGCUUUUGAAUCAGGAAGCUACAGCAGCGUGGUGGAAAUCCCACGAUACAUCGAGCGCCUUCGAUCGAGCUGUACGAGGGCAAUGAGUCUUGCAGAAGCGCGAAGAAUCGAAAGAUUCCUAGGACAAACUUCACGCGAACUGGAAUCAGAUCCGCGAUUUAAUGAGGUUAACGAUGAUACGCAUCUCACCCAGACAAUCGAUUACGGAUCAUUUCCGUCCUGGAACAGCAGCACAGUCCAGCCGAUGCACCUCAAGCUUCGGCUUGGACCAGCCCCGUCGAACCGCCGAUGCCAUCUAUCCAUGUUAGCCGAAGCGUUCCACGAGCUACUGACUUAUAAAUCCCCAGCUAGCUACAAAGCUUCAGCGGGGAGCUCGGAAUAUGAUCAUAUUUUCAUUACAGAAACAUUGGGCCGCCUGAGUAACUCUUUCCCAAGGUUCCUGGCCGGCCCUGAUGAUGAAAUGACCCCGCCGGAGCUCUUCUAUUUUGAAACUAUUAGCCUGCUUUGCACUCUAAUGUCUCUGUGCAUCGAUUUUGAUCGAUCUUCCGAUAUUUCCGAUGCGUUAUAUCAAAUAACAGAGGCCUUGGGUCUAAGUCUUGAAAACCAACGAAGCCAGAUUUUACACAGCGAGAAGUCUUCCAUUGAGCGUACAGUUACAAUGCUUGGGUCGAUGCACAACAUUGCCAUGCUUCGAGAUACAACCGCAGCAAUCAAACUGGCUGCUCAAUGGAUCUUGAACCAUAAUGAGAAAGAAAAAGCACGGGAUAGAUCAGGAAAGACCAGCCUUCCCAAAGAAUUGGCGUCUAAGAUUAAAGAUCUACAAACGGCAGCAGAAAAGAGCAUUAAGGAGGGCCAGGGGUGGAUAUCAGAACUCAAGACGGAGGUCAUGUCGAGAGACUUUGAGCCUAAGCUCAAAAGAUGGGUAUUAGAAGACGAGGACGCAAUCAAGAGUAUCCUCACUAUGGACUCGCUGCCUGGGCUGAUUGAUAGCUGGCAGUUGAACGUCAAGGGUUGGCUGCAGGUCAAAUGGGCAUAGAUGUACCUUUAGGCGGGGUAGAGUAGAUAGAUGAUGAUGCUACGGGAUAUGAUGCAUCUAUAACGGGUCAGUACAUACAUACAUACCUGCGAGUAAGAGUUUCAUAAAGCUUUCUAGAACGAACCAGGCUUUACAAGCGCUGUCGCGUCUGUCAAUGAAUAGAGGCCUGCUAAUGUCUG